CAUAGAACAAAACUAGUGCAAUUGCAAAGCAUUGCAUUUCACAAAGUAUGUUGAAGAAUGAGACAUGUGUUUUCGGAGUCUCCAACAAUUCCCAUGUUGUCUUCUUUUUCUUGUUGUGUACCUUAUUUGCCGUCUCCUAAGCUCUUUAUUUUUCAAUGUUCCCACUCUUAAAUUGUUAACUCCACCCACCAUGAAGCCUGCUGCUGGAGCAUUUGCCCCAACUCAUCAGGAACCGUAUAUUCGUACCAGAGAGAAUCUAUACUUUGAUGGCCUUCUAAGACCCUUGAAACCUCAAGCUGGAGCUAAUAGCAGCAACAUUCUCAUAUCCGUAUCAGAAAGUGGUGAAAAGGAAUUUGUGUCAAAUAUGUCUGCAGAGGUUUUCGAUCACAAUGACUUAUCUGAACAUUCUUCAUCUGAGAGGUGGUUGGAGACUAGUACAAUUGCUCCAUUUAUACAACUAGAUAUCCAAUCUGGUCUGAAUGAAGUAGCUAAUCUUAGAAGUGGCCAAUGCCAUAGCCCAAAGACCCCUCAAGUUGAUGAAGAGCAUCAGGCUUUGCAAUCACCUGCAAUACUCAAUACCGAAAAGACAUACACUGUUACCCGAAGAAAAGAAAAGCUAUCAAGUAUUUCACUUCCACUAUCUGCAGCUUCAUACUAUAAUGGAGUAUCACCAGAAAUGGAAAUCGUUGAAUCUUGUGAAAGCAUUGACAAGCUAAAUGCAUAUUUGAAAGCAAGAAAGGAUGAUGUCAAUGCUGGUGUGCCUGGGAAAUUCUUACAUGCUGUAAUGAGUUCAGAUGGUGCUGAUGUGGGAACUGUGGCUUCAGUCAUCAUGUAUUCCUUCUAUCUAAAUGUAACUUUAAAAAGCCAACAACUCUGCACAGUACCAGUAAUCAAUAUUAACCGGACAAAUCUUGGCUCUCAUGCUGAACUCAAGUGGUUGCUUGAUUCAUGCCGUAUUGAUCAGUCAUCCUUAAUCUUUGCAGAUGAGAUUGAUCUUUCAUAUUAUGAACUAUUUGGAAGUCUUAAGAUAGUGCUGUUGAAGAGCAGCAGGAUGGCAAGUAAGCAAGAGAAAUUGAAGCAGGCUGUUGUUGAAGUUUUUCACUGCAGAAAGGGUGAGACAACAUAUCCAUGGGUUAAAACUGUCACUACAGGAGAGGAAGGUUCUUGCUGUACUGCUAUAGCUGACAAAUUUGCUACCUACUCACCUGAAAUUUUGGCUAGCAAAUCAUUCAGCAAACUUCUGUUAGCUGGCAUACUUUUGGAUACUGGGAAUCUAAGGGACCCUCAUUGCACCUCCACAGAUAAAUACAUGUCUUCAUUAUUGAUCAAUGGUGCUGGUCGUUAUGGAUGCAAUGGUCUUUACAAAUUAUUGAGAUACAAGAUGCAUGACCUUUCUUCUCUGCAAAUAGCGGAUAUCUUGCGGAAAGAUUUUAAGAAAUGGAAAGGACAAGAAAGUGCAGAUUCAAGAUUAAUGUGGCAAGUUGGCAUGAGCUGUAUUGGGGUUUCAAUCAGACAGCUUGUCACUCAGACGGAAAAUCUAGCACAAGAAUUAACAUACUUCCAGAAGUCGGAGAAGCUUCGGGCACUUAUAAUCGUUUCAGGUUACUACAAUGAGGAUAAGAACUUCAAGAGAGAAGUUUUAGUGUCAACAGAAUCAGUGAAGCUGUUGGAGAGUUUACUCUUUUUCUUGGAUUUCAAUGCCUCCCGCCUGCCCCUCAAAACUUUACACUUACCAGGUCUGAAAAAUGAGAUGAAAGCGUAUGAGAUUGAUAAGAUUACCUCAAGAAAAACAGUAGAGCAUCUGAUUGAAGAGUUUGUCGGGAUACCGAAAGCUUAAUUAAUAGGAGAAGAACAAAUUAUUUCAAUUUAUCAUAAAGAAGGAAGGGGGCAUCCCAUCCAAGGAUUAAUUCUAAGAAUAACUAUAUGAGUGGAGUGCUGGAGCAGCCAGCCUUCAUGAGUCAUGACGGUCUUUGAUGGAAUAAGCUUUUGAAUUCUAACUCUGUUAGAAUAUUUGGUGAUUGCCAUAAUUGUGGUUAACCUGUUCCUAUGUUCAGCAUUGACGCAUUGUCUAAAUCACUUAACCAUUUUCUAAAAUCAAAUACCAGCUACAUUCUCUUCUUUUGUUCAGCCAGCAUUAAUAAAUAUCAGAAGUGAAGGAAAAUCCAGCCACAGUAAAAGAGCUUACUGCCACAUGAGUAAAAGAUAGUAGAAAAUUAAAUGCAUAGGUUCUAAUCAUAUGUAGUACACUGAAUUUAAGCAUAUGUUGCCAAAAAAUUGUAUUUUGAAAUCCAUGUAAUUAAACAAUGUUUUCUUUAGAACCAA